CACAAGUAAAACAGGAAGAGAUAAAACAGGCCGUUGUCGUGCAAGGUUUGGUUCGUCUCCCUCCUGCUUCCCGCUGUUGCACAUGAUCAGCUUUGCUGUUUGAAACGCUUGACAGGAUGCAAGAUACCAUUCUUCGGGUGCUGGUGGUGGCUGUUGGUCUAAUAAUGUAUCCUAGAGAGGAGCUGAGGACCAUGGACCAGGAUGAUGAUGUAGCAACGGGUAUGCAGGAGCAACAGGAUUGGCUGUUAAAGGAGAUGGAAAAGACGGACCAGGAAAUGAUCGUCAGGCAUGAAGCACCAGAGGAGGACCAAGAUGAGUCUCUUGUAACCGUCCAACCAGUGAACGCCAAUGAACCAAAGGCUAACCAACGUGUGGCUCAAACCGACCAAUAUCGUUCUCUGGAAGGCCUUGAGGAUGAUCAAGUAAAGCCAACCCUUUUAGACGAGGACACUGAAGAAACAGAGACCAAGGUGACUGAGGUAAAUGAAGACGCAGCAGAUUCAGAGCUCAACUUGUCACCUUUGGGACUGUCUGAUCAUUCCCUCGCCAUCAUCGAUCCUUUCAUUGAUGAGGCUCUGUCUUCAUUGGAUAGCGAUGUGCCUAGUAUCGAGAAAAUGUUUUUUCAGGAAGUCGAGAUUAACCACAAUACACCUUCAGUAAAUCCGAAAGUAGUUCCGACAAAUCAGGAAGUGCUUCACAAAGUCCAAAUCGAUCCCCCAAAACUCUGCACAAAGCCUUCCAGGGAGGACCAAACUAAAGCAGUUGAAAAUCAUCAGGAAGUGUUUCAAGAAUACAGAGUACCACCACAAAUGCUCACAAAACCAUCAGAGAAAGACAAAGGAAGAUGGAAGCAGGUGACUGACACAGAGAACGAUUAUCUCUGGUACCUUUGGAACACAUACUCCCUCAUUUCCGUGAUCCAUUUUUCCAUCAAAUAUUACAGAAAGAAAUUGCAGAUGAACCAAAGUAAAGAUGUCCCGUCUGAAAACACAAACAUAUUGCGAGAGAGUAAACUCUCGGCUGAGGUAUCGCUGCCAGACAGUAGUACACUGAACCGUUUAUAUGACAAACGUGUCAAACUGUCACCCAAUGAGAGAUACCAGGUGGCUGAGUUUGUAGAGGGUUUUGCCAGUGAUCUAUUGUGUACCAUGAGAAGUUUGAGUGACAGGGCGGUCGGCAUGGUCAUGGAGGACUUUGUAAUGGUGGAAGGUGUGUUCAGGUUUCGUGCGUGUGACAUCAUGAUCCCCAUUGUACCAUUGGAUCCAUACCACUUCCAGUGUGAAUUUUGGGGCAGUCAGGCUGGGGAUAGACAAGCAGACAUGGAAGGCUAUGGUAGAAUUAAAAUGGAAAAAGGUGUUGAGAAACAAAAUGGAUGCCCUUGUGGUAAUACUGAUAUAGACAUGCUCUGCUUAUUACAUAGUGACGAGAAGGUGGUUGACACAUGUAAGAAAUCAGAUAGCCCAUUUUUAUCACCAACCACACCUUACCUUUCCAAAACACAAGUUCUGAAAUGGUUCCAGAGAGCGUUAAGACAAGCUUGGGAAUACAUUUCCCACAAAUAUGAGUUUGAGUUAACAUUUUUUAAUGCCGGUGCCUCUGGUGAUAUGACAGUCCGAUUCAGAUCAGGAAAAGUUAUAACCUUUAAUAUUAAACCCGUGGUAAAGUUCAAAGAUGCAGCUGCAUAUUUUGUCAUCGGUGCUUCAACCAAAAAUGUGAACAAUUGGUCAGACACCUUCUGGGAACUUUCAUUUGCACCUUAUGAGGACCACUUUCUGAAACAGCUCAAUAUAAAUCUGCCCAAGAACUCCUGUCACAUCAAGUGUCUUGAAAUUGUGGUCUUCCUUCACAGGAAGCAAACAGGUUUGACAGGUAAAAGUGGCCUUACAGAUUACCACAUCAAAACUGGAUUAUACCACCUCCUUUUAAUUAAGGAACCAUUAAUGUGGCACCCUGAACAAUUGACCAAUAGGCUUCAAGACUUGUUGGGUUUCCUGGAAAACUGCCUUGAGCACAAGAAGUUGAGUCAUGCAUUUAUUGGUAACAGUCUGGUUUCAAACACAAGCCUGUCUCAAGAGCUUGCAGAGGCCAAGCCAGUAAAUCUAUUCCACCCCCUUGUGGUACAAAAAAGCCUUUACUUUAAAACUGUAAAGCAUUUCCAUGAGUUGCUGAAGAACAUGUCUGUGCUGAUACAAGAAUAUGCAGCAAAAUGAAAUCUUGAGAUCUUGAGUGGCUAUGCAAGAUUUAAGUUACACUAGGUCAAAACACCAAAUAAAUUUGACA